AUGCGGGAGCCCCGGGCUGAGGGGGCACCGGGCGGGCAGCGCCAGACACAGGGAGGGAGCAGCUCCGUCCUCCUGCUGAGAAAGUUGACGUGUGCCCUCCGUGCGAGGCACGUCCGGGAGCCUGCCGGGCAGGGGAGGUGCGGGGCGGGCUGCGGGGCCGGGUGUUCGCGGGGAGGGAGGUCGGAGCGAGCCCGGCGGGAUGUCCCGAGAGCGGGGAAGCGUCGGCCUGGGAGGCAGCGGCUCCUGAGGGGUGUAAACCUUCGCCUGGCUUCUUUCCUGUGGUAUAUCUGCAACAGAGAACAAUUGUCUGAAUCCCUUCAGCCUAUUUUUGUCCAGAGUUACCUUGACCAAGGAACACAGAUCUUCUUAAACAACAGCAUUGAGAAAUCAGGCUGGCUGUUCAUCCAGCUGUAUCACUCUUUUGUGUCCUCAAUUUUUAGCCUCUUUAUGUCUAGAACAUCCAUCAAUGGGCUGCUGGGAAGGGGCUCAAUGUUUGUGUUUUCCCCAGAACAAUUUCAAAGACUGCUUAAAAUAAAUCCAGAAUGGAAAUCCCACCGACUUCUUGAUUUAGGGGCUGGGGAUGGAGAAGUCACUAAAGUUAUGAGUCCUCACUUUGAAGAAAUCUAUGCCACUGAAUUGUCUGAAACUAUGAUAUGGCAGCUUCAGAAGAAGAAAUACAGGGUGCUUGGUAUAAACGAAUGGCAAAACAUAGGAUUUCAGUAUGAUGUUAUCAGCUGUUUGAAUUUGCUGGAUCGCUGUGAUCAACCACUGACUGUAUUAAAAGAUAUUAGAAGUGUUCUGGAGCCAACUAGGGGCAGAGUCAUUCUAGCAUUAGUUCUGCCAUUUCACCCAUAUGUGGAAAAUGUAGGUGGCAAGUGGGAAAAGCCCUCAGAAGUUUUGGAAAUCAAAGGGCACACUUGGGAAGAACAGGUGAAUAGCCUGCCAGAAGUUUUCAGUAGAGCUGGUUUUGCCAUAGAGGCUUUCACCAGACUGCCAUACCUAUGUGAAGGUGAUAUGUAUAAUGACUACUAUGUACUAGAUGAUGCUGUCUUUGUUCUCAAGCCAGUGUAAGCCUGUAUGAAGUAAAUCUCCAGAAUCUAACCCAAGAAGCAGCCUCUGAAUGAGGGGUUGAUUUAUGGUUACUUAAAGGGAGGGAAUUUGGGGCUUGCCAUGCUAAGAUGCCACGUAAGAAAUUUAAAGGCCAAAAUACUAAUGUAUUUCUUUGUAGUGUGGUUAGGGAAAAAAGGUUGUUUUUUAAACAGACUCUUCAGCUGAUGAUUUCUUUUUUACUGGCUUUUAAACCAACAAUGCAUUCUGCAACCCAGCAGCAAUGGGGGAUAUUUUUUAUACUUACCUGCAACAGGGAUCAGAUCCAAACAAAGGCAAUAGUCCUAAUAAUGAUGAAACUGAUACCAUGUGAACUGUUGUUAAAGAAAUCAAGUGAAAUCUGGCAAUAAAGUUAUCCAUUCAGUUUAAAUCUUGUUGAAUAUAAGCUGUUGAAAUGGAUAUUCUUCCAUGCUGAUUUACUUUCUCUUACUGUCAUUCGUCACAUGUUUUUAAUCAUGCUAAUAAACUUUUUUUUGAGAUGA